CGACCGCCGCCCGCCACCCCCAGCACCCCGCCGCUGCCCGCCUGGCCCACUGCGGCACACGCUACCUCCUCCUACAAGAUCUACGUCCACGACUCGGCGCCCUCCUGGACCUUGUCUCCCUUCCAGGAAUCUACCACUACUACGCCGGAGACCACCACGACCCCCAAAAUCCAUACUACAACAUAUUCCACUGAGCGAUCUGAGCACUUUAAGCCAUGCAAAGACAAGGAUCUUGCAUACUGUCUCAAUGAAGGAGAAUGCUUUGUGAUUGAAACUUUAACAGGAUCACAUAAACACUGCCGGUGCAAAGAGGGCUACCAAGGAGUCCGCUGUGACCAAUUUUUGCCGAAAACCGACUCCAUCUUGUCAGAUCCAACAGACCAUUUAGGAAUUGAAUUCAUGGAGAGCGAAGAAAUUUACCAGCGCCAGGUGCUGUCUAUUUCCUGUAUCGUCUUUGGCAUAGUCGUAGUGGGCAUGCUUUGUGCAGCGUUCUACUUCAAAACAAAGAAACAAACAAAGCAAAUUCAUGAACAGCUGAAAGAAACGCAGAAUAGGAAAACCUACAGCCUAAAUGCUUCUAGCAUGAUGGCAAAGUCAGAGUGUAUGGCACAAAGCCGAGUCCAGCUGCAAAAUUACUCCAAAACAGAUAGGCAUCCUGGGCCUGCUCUGGACAAAGUCAUGGAGUCCAGCUUUUCAGGUCCUCAGUCUUUCCCAGAGGCUUUGUCUCCUGACAGAGGAACUCAGCCCAUCAAGCAGCACAGAAGUCUCUCUUCAUGCUGCAGUCCAGGACAGAAAAGUGGGAUGCUACAUAGAAAUGCCUUUCGGAGGACUCCUCCCUUACCUCGGGGUAGGUUCAAUGGGAUUACAGGACCAGCAUAUCAACAGCUAGAAGAGUCCAGGAUCACAGAGCAGGACACAAUACCUUGUCAUGGGUAUUCAUCUAGUGGUUUUAAAACUUCUCAGAAUACUUCAAUAAAUAUGCAACUGCCUUCAAGAGAGACAACCCCUUAUUUUAAUAACGUGGAUCAGAAGGACUUGGUCGGAUACUCAUCUUCAAGGGCCAACUCAGUUCCCAUCAUCCCAUCUGUGGGCUUGGACGAAGCCUGCAUGCAAAUGCAAAAUGUUUCUGAAGUAACAGGCAUCAAAUGGUGCAAAAACUCCUAUUCAGCUGAACUUGUCAAUGUGAGUUCCCCUGUCAGUAAUUGUCUUAUAGCAGAACAACAUGAAGUGAAAAUAUUGCUAGAAACUGUGCAGGAGCAGAUUCGGAUUCUGACUGAUGCGAGGAGGUCGGAGGACUUCGAACUGACGAGCGUAGACGCGGAGAGCAGCGCGAGCGAGAACACCGCGUUCCUGCCUAUGAGCCCUGUGGCCAAGGCAGAUCGAGAGGCACAAUUUGUCUUAAAAGGUGAAACACAAAGAGACUCAGUGUUGACCAAGUGACUUUGUGUGGGGGUCGCAGGAGGGGGAAUAACAGAUCUGUGCAUUCGAUGCUUUGCUAAACAGGAAAGGAGGAAAUUAAAUACAAAUUAUUUAUAUGCAUUAAUUUAAGAGCAUCUACUUAGAAGAAACCAAAUAGUCAAUCGCCCUCAUAUCAUAGUGUUUUUUAACAAAAUAUUUUUUUAAAGGAAAGAAAUGUUCCGGGAGGGAUAAGGCGUACAUCAGGUGCUUUCUAGGCAGGAUUAUACAUACAGUUUCAGUUCUAGAGUAUUUUAACACUGUCCUGUUUGGCUGUCAGGAGGCUUAGGCUAUGCAUCCUAUUUUCAAUAAAGGCCAAGACCGUUCUAAGAACCAUUCUUGGUUUCAGGGCAGCGCUGCAGUGAAUGCUGGCCAGGGGUGCAAGUUCCAAAACCCUAGCACAGACCCAGUCCCCCCUGCUCUCAGUUCUAGGUUCAUUCUGAGAGAGGAAACACAAACGUCCAAUUCUUGGCACUAACUGUGUAAUGACCGUAAAUCCUUAAUUGAGCCAGAUGCUUGACUCUCUACCUUACAUGAGUGUGUCAGUCAGCUUGAGAAGUUCAGUGGAAACUUUUAGGAGCUUUGGGUCAGGCCAAGCCUGGAGAGGGGUUGGGGCCUGUGGAGGUGCAGUAGCCCUGUGGCUGCUCCAUCUUCUGAGCUUUGUCUGAAAGAGCUUCUUGGUUGGAAGAAGAAAAAGAAGAACAGAAACUCAAAGUGCAGAAGCACGCACCAUGGCAGGUUAGGGUUGGUUUAGUUUUUAAGAGUGGGAUUGUAAACUCUGCUGUUCUUUACCGAUCCAUAAGCAUUUCUAAACUGUUAAACUUUGAAGGCAUUUGUAUGCUCUCAAGGAGCACUUCUGAGUGUAUGUGUGGUUUUUUUAACUUAUUUUUAUUAUGGGUUAUUCAGAAAUGAGUCUGGGAGAUCCAACGCGAUCUGAGGCCAGCCAAUAGGUGUCCAUACUGUCCUCAUUUGAUUCCGCUCUCAGUUCUCUGGUCACUUUAAUGAAUCAUGGCUUUGGCUUGUGAACUUCAAAGCUCCAACCCUGCAGAUAGCUCAGGAUGGGCAUACCUAGGAGCAUGCACGCAGCUGAUUCUGCUGGGGCUGUACGUGAACAGGCGGUUCCAGCAAAUCAAUCCCUGCUGCCUUAGAGAAGGCCUUAGAGAAGAAAUGUCAGUUCCUGAUUA